AUGGCCGACGUGCAGGGAGACAAGGAGGCAGGCCUGGAUGAUGACGAUUUCCCCGACGACGGGCCUUUAGAUCCGGAGGAGCCAGGUGAAGGAGGAGAACCCCGCAGCGGAGGCGACGAGGAAGAGGAGGACGACGUCGACGGCCUCGCCAGCUUCCUCGAGUCGGAGAUCCUCGGAUCCAGCUACGAGGAUCCUAUUGACCAGGAGCAGCGGCAGCAGGAGGAGGACGGUGAUGCCGCGAAGAAUAAGCGGAAGCAGGGCUCGGGAUCGGACGGGGAUGGCUGCAGCGGCAGCGGCAGCGAGGGGGAGCAGACCAAGAGGGCGAAGAGGGAGGAGAAGAGGAGGCAGGCGAAAGGAAAGGCCGUGGCGCCUCAGAUCGACACGGGCAUGUUCAGCAACAUCCCCCCUGAGCUGUUCCUGCAGAUCUUCAAGUUCCUCUCUUCCGAGGACCUCAUCUCCUGCGCUCUAGUCUGCCGCUUCAUGAAUGCUGCCGCGUCUGACGAGACCCUCUGGCGCCGGCUGUACUGCAUGAGGUGGGGACUGGCCUCCAAUGCCAAAUUCAGGGAGGGCGCUUGGAAGAACCUCUACAUACAGAGAGAUAGAGAGGAUAUGGUUGAAUUUGUGAGGAAUACCCCUACAGAGUUCAAGGAGUACUAUAUUCAGAUGCAGGCUGCAAAAAGGAGUCAAACUCCCCAUCCGUCAGAAGUCAACGACGACAAGGUUAUGCUUGAUAAGACAGUAGCUGAUCAGGUAUCUAGUUGGAAAAACAGCCGGGGGCUUACUGAUGAAGCUGUCAAGGGGCACUCUUGUUCUGGAAAUACAUGCUCGUACACCCAGAUUGGCGAUGCUUACAUUUGUGAGAAGACUGGUCGUGUCCACGUUUGUGAUGAUGCUUGUCGUGAAUUUGUCUUGGACCAAUCUAGUGGGCUGCUUCUUUGUACUAUAUCUGGCCACUGCUUUGAGAGGUGGCUGUGUCCUGAUGAUGAAUGGGAUGCUGAUGAUACUUUUCAGGAUCUGCAACAGGCUGGUGUAGUGGAUGAAGCAGAGCCAUUCAUGGGAUCUGGACGUUACGCGCGAGCGAUUAUGUUGGGUUACAACUGCACUGAUGAGAAGGAACUUGAGGAUGCCUUGGGUUUCUGUUGA